AUGCCUAUCUCGGGGCCGAUUGUGAAAGCUAAGGCGGAGAAUUUUGCUAAAGAACUUAGUUUAACUUCUUUCAAAGCAUCAGAAGGAUGGCUCGGAAAGUUCAAGCAACGUCAUCAUAUCAACUAUGGUAAAAUAAACGGAGAAGCACGAAGUGUUGAUACAAAUGUUACUUAUGAUUGGAUUAAUAGAGUGUGGUCAAAAUUGACAGAAAAAUACACCCCAAGUGACAUUUUCAAUGCUGAUGAAGCAGGAAUAUUCUUUAAGUUGACUCCAGAUAAAACUCUGAAAUAUAAAGGGGAAAAGUGUGUGAGAGGAAAGCUCUCCAAGGAACGUAUUACAGUGCUUGUGGCAGCUAAUAUGGAUGGCACAGAAAAAAAAAGCUGA